AUGAAGGAAAAGUUGAAUUCAAAGCUUAAUGAUGCGAUGACAAAGUUCCCUGAAAAGGAAAAAAAUGAAGAUAAAGAGGGAAAUGGUGAAGAAGAUAGUGAUAAUGGUGCAAGUCAACUAGAAGUAGAUUAUUUGCUUGAUUCAAAUGAAGCAGAUAAUGAAGAAAUAAAGAAUGAUGCAGAUAAGAAUCAAAAAGAAGGUGAAAUUGGAGUAAAAGAGAAUGAUGGAAAGAGGAAUGAAAAUGAGAAUGAUGAAGAGGAAAAAGAUGAUCAUGCUGAGGAAACAAAUAAUCAUGAGGAGACUAUUCAACAAACUGAAAAUGAAAAUUUUUUGGAUAAAGUUGUUGACAACAUUAUGGACAAUGUCUUCGGAAUUGGAAUUUCAAGUUUAAAUAGUCAAGAAGAUGAAAUCUGGAAUCACCCUGAAAUGAAAACUAUUUUCGAUAAUAUUGAUAUAGGGUCACCAAUGAGUACAGAUAAAACUAAUACUCUUGAGGAAAAUGAAAAAUCAGAAGGUGUACAUGAACAAGGAACAAAAGUUGAAAAAACAAAUGGAGAUGAUACAGACAAGGAAAACUCUGAAGAUAGAAAUGAAGGAGGAACAGAAGCUAAGAACACAAAAGAUGGAGGUGAAGAAAAACAUACAGAAACUGAGAAAGGAAAUUUAGAAGAUAAACGAAAGAAAAAGUCAAAAAAUGAAAACAAGAAAAGAGAAAAAGCUGACAAGACAAAAGGAAAUAAAAGAGAUACUCAUCCAAGCUUUAGUCUAGGUCUCAGUCAAGAUUCAAAUCAAACUUCAAGUAAAAAAUCUAUUGAAUCUUCACCAAAAAAACACUUACAAAGAAACAAAUCAAAGACGACCAUCAGAAGUGAAGAAGGACCAUCAAAGCAUGAUCUGGAUCAACCAAGAGAGAAGAAGCUUGCUGAUGCUUUCAAAUCACCUUUCAAAUGCAGAAUAAUAGACACAAAACCCAAACUGACACAUCAGGAUAGUAUUGUCUGUGAAUGGUUGUUCAACUUACAAAGCAAUACAUCAGAUCUGGGUGUCCAGACAAAAUAUGUUGGAGUUUGUAUAUUCUUUCCAGUUGUUAGAAGUGCUCACAUUUUUGUGAUUGUCUUCAACUUAAAGAAACUGUCAAUUGAAAUUCUAGACAAUAGUGCAGUUGAGGAGGAUUAUGAAGGAAAAUACGGAGUAAUAUUGAAACCUUUGAAAAAUUUCGUUGUGAGAUACUUUAAAGAAAUAAACCAUCUAAGAGCGAAUGUAAUCUCAAAAGAAAGUAUCAAACCCCAACUACUUGAAAUGUCAUGGAGAACAGUUAAAAACAAAGUUGAUUGUGGGGUCUUUGCAAUGAGACAUAUGGAGACCUAUAUGGGACAACCACUCUCAAAGUGGAAACCAGGUCUUCAUAAAGAAAGUGCAGUUCAGCAAACUACUUUAGAGAAGCUCAGGCAAAGAUAUGCACACAUAAUGCUAACUUCUGAAAUUAACAUGUUGAAGGCUAAGGUGUUGGAUCUUGUUGAAAAAUAUAAAAAGUUGAAUUCAAAGUGCGUACUGAUCAUGCAUACAAGGCUAUGCUAACAAUUCAAAAAAAGUUAAAAGAAUAUUGAUGAUUGCUUGUGAAGAUGAAAGAAUGUUGAAGUGUUAUGCUAUAUAAUAGUUUGUGUUGAAGAUGAAUGGAUUUGAAGUACAUGUAAGAUGAUUCUGCGAAACAAGUUUUAAAUGGUUUGUUAAAUGUUGUUGAACAUCGUUCUAAUAUUUUGUGAAAUGCUUAUGAACAACUUUUAUUAUCUUGUGUUGAAUGAUUAUGAAAUAGAAAC